AUGGCAUCGCACUCCAAUCAGCACAAGAAGAGCGAGAAGUUCGGGCAUUUACCGUUGUCUACUUCCGGGCCUCAGAAGACCACUCUGACCGGAAAUGCCCUCCUUCAAACACCUUACUUCAACAAGGGGACUGCUUUCACAGCUGAAGAGCGUGCGACCUUCAAGCUGCAUGGUCUCAUGCCCGACAAUGUCCAAACACUCGAUGAACAAGUACGACGCGCAUACGAACAAUACAAAUCACGACCCAGUGACAUCGCGAAGAACACGUUCAUGACAAGCUUGAAGGAACAGAACGAGGUUCUGUACUAUAGGCUCAUCCUCGAUCACCUGAAAGAGAUGUUCUCGGUCAUAUACACACCAACUGAGGGAGAGGCUAUUGCGAACUACUCGAGGCUUUUCAGAAAGCCCGAGGGUUGUUUCCUGAACAUUGGUGACGUGGACCGAGUGGAAGACGAUAUCAGGCAAUGGGGCAACCCUGAGGAUAUUGAUCUUAUCGUAGUCAGCGAUGGCCAGCAGAUCCUGGGUAUUGGAGAUCAGGGCGUCGGCGCUAUCCUAAUCAGCAUUGCCAAGUUGGUCAUAUACACGCUUUGCGCUGGCAUUCACCCAUCGCGGACGCUGCCUGUAGUACUUGACUGUGGAACAGACAACAAGGAACUGCUCGAUGAUGAUCUCUACCUUGGCCUGCGAAAACCCCGUGCCACCGGCGAAGAGUACGACAAGUUUGUUGAUACCUUUGUCAACGCUGCAAGAAAGCGAUACCCCAAAGCGUACAUCCACUUUGAAGAUUUCGGUUUGAGCAAUGCACGGAGGAUCCUCGACAAGUACACGCCUGAAAUUGCCUGUUUCAACGAUGAUGUACAAGGGACAGGCUGCGUCACCCUGGCUGCUGUCAUGGCGGCCUUCAAGGUCAGUGGAACCAAGUGGGACGAGGCGCGCUUUGUCAUGUUCGGCUCCGGCACUGCAGGCACAGGUAUCGCAGACCAGAUCAAGGACGCCAUAUCGCAGCGAACUGGCAAGUCGACGGAGGAGGCAGGGAAGCAGAUCUGGUGCGUAGACAAGCCCGGUCUUCUGCUGGAAGGCAAGAAGGACCAACUCACACCAGCUCAAGUUGGGUAUGCUCGUAAAGAUAGCGAAUGGGAAGGCAAGGAUCACGGCGAUCUGCUUUCCGUGGUGAAGGAGGUCAAACCGCAUGUUCUGAUCGGCACGUCGACUAAGCCUGGUGCUUUCACAGAAGAAGUUGUGAAGGAGAUGGCGAAGCACGUCGACCGACCAGUCAUCUUCCCACUGUCGAAUCCUACAAAGCUGCACGAGGCCAAACCACAAGAUCUGUACGACUGGACUGAUGGUAAAGUAUUGGUUGCCACUGGUUCGCCUUUCGAUCCUGUCAAGCACAACGGCAAGGAGUAUGAGAUCUCCGAAUGCAACAAUUCCGUAACCUUCCCCGGCAUCGGUCUCGGCGCAAUCCUCAGUCGAACACGCCUCAUGACACCCGCUCUCCUCGUCGCCGCCGUUGAAGCACUAGCAGCCGCAGCCCCAGUCGUCACUGGCUCCGGAUCGGGCCUUUUGCCUGACGUAGAAGAUGUCCGCGAGAUUAGUGUCCAGAUUGCUAGCAAAGUUAUCAAGAGAGCUGUCAAGGACGAUUUGGCUCAGGAGAAAGAUAUACCGACUAAUGAUGAUGAUCUGGAGGAGUGGAUCCGCGAGCAGAUGUGGAAUGCUGAGUAUCGGCCGCUGGAACUGGUUGAGGAAAAGGAGGCGGACGCUCAUGCUAAGGGAGAAAUGGGGACGGGAAGCCAACAGAGAGAGGCAAGGUUCUGA